AUCCAGGGCUAAGUUAACAAAGAAAAUAGAAAGGAUCCAGGACCAGGGCAAAGAAAAAGAAAGGAUCCAGAGCCAGGACAACAAAGAAAAUUGGACCAGGGCCAGGGCAAAAAAGAAACUUGAAGGUACAA